UCACGUGACCGGGGCUUUCCGGAACGCACGUUUCCGAUAUCCGAUGAGGCUCAACCGCUGCGCCUUUGCGCGUGGUCUGAGUCGGUGGACCCACGCGUCUCAGAACUCGCAAACAACCAUGCCAAACCAAUCAGCAACAUGGAAAGACACCGGGAAAUUUUGUUGAAAUCACUCAAUCACCAGGAGGAAGAUGUGUUAAAGCAACUGCAGCAUGUUCAAGACUUCCAAAAUAUAGUUGGUGUUAUCCUACUUUUGGCCGCCCCAAUUUCAACCCACGCGUUGUCAGCUCUCCUGGGAAUUGAAGCAGACCAGCUCGUCCGUCGAUUGAAUGUCUUUAGGUUUGCUGUGGAUAUUCCCAAAGAUGCGGAUCAAACGGUUAGGAUUCUGGACCCAUCGCUUCGGGACUUUCUGGUCCAGUCUGCGUCCGAAUUUCACGUGGAUGAGCCAAAGAAGCACGGAAACAUCGCUCAAUAUUGUCUCGAUAAUAUGAGAUGUAAUUUGCGGAGGAACAUCUGCGAUCUCGUAAGCCCAGGAACUUGUAGGGCCGAUAUUGAUCCUGACAAUUUUCGCCUUUAUCUUCCACCGGAGUUACAAUACUCCUGUCGCUACUGGGUAUAUCAUCUCAACAGAAGUCACGGCGUAACUCUUGCGACUGAUGAUAUACUGCUAUUUCUCAAAAAGCAUUUUCUGCAUUGGGUGGAAGCGAUGAGUCUGCUAGGAUUUAUCUCCGAGGUAGUGGAGAUACUUGGGGUGCUCUCCACCAUUAUCCCGAAGAACGACAAUGAUCUAUUGUCCAUCCUCAUACGCGAUGCAAAGCGUUUUACUCUCAAAAAUCUGCAGAUCGCCGAUCGAGCGCCUCUUCAAAUUUACUGGGCAGGGCUGCUCUUCGCUCCUCGGACAUCAGUCAUCCGCACUGAGUUCCAGUCGGAACUCCCUGGCUCAAAAUGUCAAUCCCCACAUGUCCCCGAAACUUGGGGCGCAGAGUUACAGAUCCUCGAGGGCCAUUCAGACUGGAUUAGCUCGGUAUCCUUCUCGCCGGAUGGCCAGCUGGUGGCAUCGGGAUCUGAUGACCGAAGAAUACGGCUCUGGGAAACAGCAACAGGAGCCCUACGAAAAACGCUUGAGGGCCCUUCCAGUUGCGUUACCUCACUGUCUUUCUCGCCUGACAGCCAGCUCCUAGCCUCCGGUCAGCUGCUGUCGGAAAAUGGUCUUGACAGCCUGUUGAUUUGGGAUAUAGCCAGUGGCAGCAUACGUCACUCCCUUCAGGGACAUGGCAGCAGUGUUGAGUCGGUAUGCUUUUCGCCCGAUGGUCGGGUGCUAGUGUCUGGGUCAAGCGAUGGUACUGUACGGCUGUGGAAUAUAUCAACCGGUGAUCUCCAGCAAACUCUGGAUGAUAACUGUGAUAAGAUUUUCUGUGUAGCCGCCUCGCCCGAUGGCCAGUUCUUCGCUUCCGGCUCCAAGGACCGCCAAGUGCAUGUCUGGGAACUGGAAACAGGCGACUUGGUGUCGCUUUACACAAUAUCCGCUGUGGCCUCCUCACUGGCCUUCUCACCCGAUAGUCAGCUCCUGGCGUGCGGUGGUAACUCAAAGGAUGUGACCCUUUGGGAUCUGACGACGGAUGACACGAAAACUCUCCAGGGCCACUCAUCAUGGAUUCGAUCCGUGGCUUUCUCGCCUGACGGUCGGCUUCUUGCGGGUGCCUCCCAAGAUAAGACUAUUUAUCUUUGGGAUAUUGAGACGGGAAACGUACAGGAGACCCUGGAGGGCCAUUUCAACUAUGUUACAUCGGUGGCGUUCUCGCCCGAUAGCCGGCUACUGGCAUCUGGCUCGAAUGAUCAAACCUUGCGUGUGUGGGAGAUAGAAAUGGACCCGCAACAGAAACUCGAGAGCAAUUCCGACUGCGGUGGCUCAGUAGUCUUUUCCUCAAGCAACCGGCUGGAGGUCAACAGGGUGAAUUCGAUGACAUUUUCUCCCGAUGGCCGGCUACUAGCCUCCAGCUCUAACGACAACAUCGUGCGACUCUGGGACACUGCAACGGGACGUCUAGUGCAGACAUUCAAUGGUCAUUCAGACUGGGUGCUAUCAGUGGGAUUUUCACCCGACGGGAGUCAAUUGGCGUCGGGCUCUAUGGAUCGUACAAUAAAGCUUUGGAAUGUUACGACGGGGGUUCUGCAGCAGAGCUUGGAGGGUCAUUCGGAAACAGUUCGCUCUGUUGUCUUUUCGCCCGAUGGACAGCUCCUAGUGUCGGGUUCCAAUGAUAAGACCGUAUGUGUCUGGGAUCUGAUGACGGGCAGCCUGCAGCAGACCUUGAAAUUCGAGGGCAAUACUGAAGAUCUUUUAUCUGCCAUCCACAACUUGGCCAACUUCGAUGAUGAGGACCAACGUGAAAGGCCCAGUCCCGCUUCAAGCGAUGAUAUUUUACCACUUUCAAUUGACCAAGGACAGUGGAUCAAUGUCAAUGGUCAAAAUGUAUUAUGGCUCCCUCCAGACUUUCGACCUUGCCUUUUUGCAGCCUAUAAGAGUCGCAUUGCUUUGGGGCACAUAUCAGGACGGGUUUGCUUCUUCCGAUUUAGUUUAUAA